UACCCCGGUCGCCAAAUUCUCAUGCUCUCCCGCUCUGAUUCCUGGCGAAGUGUUUGUUUUGCUUUAUCAGGCGCCGCUCCAGCCCGGGUCAAGUGCCGCAGCAGUUCAGCGGCAGUUUGCACCGAGCCCUCUGCCGGACAGCACGGGGCUUGGGGCUCAGGGCUCACUAGGAGCGGGGCAGUGUAGCUCCCGCGGUUCCUGAGCCCGGCGGCGUUGGGAGAUGGCGCGACGGCCCAGAGAAAUGGCCAACGCCGCCGGCGACUCCAGCUUGGACCCCGGCAUUAAAGAAAUGAACGAGACGUGGAAGGGGACGGUCGCCUGCCUGGGGGUCGCCUUACUUUUCCUUAUGACCAUCGGCGUCCUUUACUGGCAGGUAGUGGAUAAGCCGGACACCAACUGGAUUCUGAGGGGUCAGGUCAGCGGGCUGGUGUGGGACAGGAGGACCCUAUCCUUCUCACUGAUGUCCCUCAGCCAGGACAAGACUUUCGCUCGCAUCGACGCCCGCCACUUGUCUGGCCAAGGAGUCACCCUGCUAAAUAAUCUUUGCUGGUUCAAUACCACCCGGUUCUGUUACACAUGGGACGGCGUGGGCGAACUCCAGGUGUCCCUGGAUGCACAGAAUCAGAGCGUGGCGGAGUGUUACCGGGUAGACUGGACACCCCUCCACUGCCAAGUGGCGCUGAAGGAUUGCUUUUCCAUGGUGAAUGUAUCCUGGUAUGGAGGAGGAAGUAUGCACUUACAGUACUGGCCCAUAAACAAUGCAAACAUCGACUGGCAGCCAUUCAUUAUCAGUGAUCUACAAGACACACCCACUGGUUAUGGAUCAGUAUUAGAGAGAUACUUCCUUGGAUCAACAGGUGUGGCUGUGCGUGUUCAUCAGGAAGUCCCAUUACAUGUUGGAAUUGAGAGCAGAAAACAUUUGUGCCUGGGGAUCCCACCCAAUGCUGAGAUGGUGCCCUUGAGGUAUACGAUAUGUGUGAGUGACAGUCUGAGAUCAGCCCAUCAACAACUCGGCAGUGUGAUCCCUGUGAAUCAGCCUGACCAGCCUGACACCAGCAUUUUAUGGCUACCGCUCUGGAGGUCACAAAGGGUUGCUGACAUUGCAUUAAGGCUGGAGCAUAAUCUGAAGGCUUUGUCCAGAAAACUGAAGCAUCAUGUUCUGGGAGAGGGAGUGAUGGAUCUCAGCGAACAAUCUACACUGCUACUGUCUGAGGCAUAUGAAUCACUUCACUUGCAGAACAGAUUCCGUGCCCUACGUCAGCUAAGGUUGUCCAUCACUCUCUCUCCUUUCAUGAGCAUCGAUUCCUACCACUUCCAGAGUACCCUACAAGAAGGGCGAGAGAAUUUCUGGCUCUCUCUUUCAUCAGCAGCAAAUGGAUCUCAGGGGCCCAUCCUGAUGAAGUGGAAGGGGAGGUUUGCGGUGAAGUUGAACAUCAGCAAUGAGGAGGCAAAGGACUGGUUCAUUGAGCAGGUGCGCAGCCUGCAGAGAAGAAUGAAGAUCAACUAUAUCAGUCUGGAAGUUGGAGUGGGAAGCCCCUACAUGAGACGGGCACAGUAUCAUUCCUGCCGACUCUGUGGAGAUGAAUAUGUCAACCAGUUCGCACUGCUGGCAGAGGAGCUGGGAAAUGCAACAAUUAUAUCAGCUGCUACUAGGUCUGCCCACUUGCCAGUGUUUGUUCGAAUGGUACCUCGACAGUCUGACUGGAGUUAUGCAGGUUUAAAAGGCCUCAUUCCCUCUGUCCUUCACUACAGUUUGCUGGGAUACAGUUUCUUUAUUCCAGAUGCAGUAGGAGGUUCUCUGACAAAUGGCUUUCUUGCAGACGAGGAGCUGUUUAUCCGGUGGCUGCAGGUUGUAACUUAUCUACCUGUGAUGUCUUUCAGCAUGCCGCCAUGGGCAUUUGGGGAGACCUGGGUUGUGAAUGUGACCCGGUCGUAUAUACACAAACAUCAGGCUUUUGUGGUGCCACUUCUGUUGAAAUAUGCUGCAGAAUGGGCAUCCCUUGGGCACCCUGUGUUUAGGCCGCUUUGGUGGGUCAGCCCAAAUGACCCAAAUACAUUUAAAAUCAAUGACGAGUUUCUGAUUGGUGACGAGGUACUGGUGGCACCAGUGACGGAGCCGGGCAGAGUCCAUAGAAACAUCUACCUACCAGGAAGCAACUACCAGUGGAAGGAUGUGAAUACAGCACAGGUGUUUGAUGGUGGGACCCUGUUGCAGGACUACCCUGUGGCCCUGGUUGACGUGGCAGUUUUCAUCAGACAGGAGCCCCGGGAUCUACCAUCUACAGAGAGCCAGCAAGCAACAUCCCAGGACUGAGGGACCAAAGCUCUUCACCAUUCUUGAACAGUCAACAGGACUUUCACUACUGACAAUAGCUUGGCUGCCUGCACUGUCUUAAGUGUCAGCAGGUGCCGUCAAUGGACUGUGACAAAGGAACAGCCCAGUCUGUGAUCACCAGCUCCCUAGGGGAAUGGUGCAAAAACUGGCUCUUCCAUCACCUGUUGUAAUUUGUGCAGCAGUUCUGGCCCGAACCUUCCACCAUCAUGCCUUAAUGUUGCCUGUGAGGCUGAACUGUUUACUGGUGAUAGCUGAACUGAGUGUUCAUCAGGUACAGGACAGGAAGUAGCCCAUGCCCAAAACAAGGUUGACCUUGGAGUAGGGCUCAGAUCCAGUUUGAAGCUCAGGUUUAGGCCCAUGCUUGAACAGACCCAGGCUCUGCUUCAGGACCAGGCCCGAUUCUGGGCCAGCACAGUCACACAUCACCAUAGUCUUUAACUUUUUUUUCACAGGCAUUCAGAUAGCAAAACUGUAGCUUACGGUAUGUUUAGUUUACAAAGAAAAAUGUGGUUGAGAAAUGAAACAACUCCAUUUCAGUCACUCACCCUCAUCACCAGCGAAAGCACAGGAUAAGACGUCAAGUCAAACUCCCUGUGUGCUACCCCAUCCAACAUCACAGGGCAGAUGAAGCACAGGACAGAAACAAGAUCACUCUACACAAUAUACUGCCAAGGUGGGGCAGCACCAAUCAUAGAAAUUCAAACUCUCUACACUGUCUCAUAAAUACUCCCAAGGGAGGGUCAGCACAUGACUCCUCACUGUCCUACCACACACUGCAAGGACAAGGACAGCAUGGGUUAGAUACAGAGGAAAACUCUCUCUGCACUGUAACAUUAAAUACUCCCAAGUCAAGGACAGCUCAAGAUAGACACAGAAUACUUGCAAGGCAGGGUCAGCAUGGAUACACCUUUCCCUGCAAAAAGGUCAUGUGUUAUGUGUGUCUAUAUCAACAGUAGAGUUUAGAAUUAUUUAGAAACACUAUUUAUCCAGUACCCCAGUAUCAAGCUGUUUUUAUCCACCUGUGUCUGUGUGUGGCACUGUAGCCAAGGAGCCCUCACCAUCACCAUACCCACAGUCUGAAAGUUUUAUACUUCUCUUCUCCCCAACAUAUCUGGUUAUAGGCAGCAGUAUAGAGGAAUACCACCAUCUCGUAUUUCACUCAGAGUCAAGCAACAUGGGAUGCAUUAUUGUCAGGUCAGAUCCCGUGGACUCCCUUCCCAAGAACACUGUGGAAGCACCUUCAGCAGAAGGACCACAUGGUUCACCACUACCUCAAGGGUUGUUGGUGAUCAGUAAUAACUGCUGGCCUUCCAGUGACACAGAACAUCCUGCAGAGGGGUUUCAGGAUCAGGUUUAAUAUCACUGGCAUAUGUCGUGAAAUUUGUUUUGCGGCAGCAGUACAUUGUAAGAAAAGUCUAUAAAUUACAAUAUAAAUUAGAUAGGUAGAGGGGAAAAAUGCUGAGAUGGAGUUCAUGAGUUAAUUUACCAUUCCGAAUCUAAUGGCAGAGGGAAAGAAACUGUUCCUGAAACAUUGUGUGUGUGUGUCUUCAGACUCCUGUACCUCCUCCUCAAUAGUAGCAAUGAGGACAGGGCAUGUCCUGGGUGAUGGGAAAAUCCUGCCUGACAAACCUAGUGGGGAUGUCACCACCUUGAGGCAUUGCCUGGAUGCUGGGGAGGCUAGUGCCCAUGAUGGAGCUAGCUGAGUUUAUAACUUUUUGCAGCUCUUUCCAAUUCUAUGCAGUACAUGGCGAUACAAGCAGUUGGAAUGUUGUCCACGGUACACCUGUAGAAAUUUGCGAGACUCUUUGGUGACAUACCAAAUCUCCUCAAACUUCUAGUGAAAUAUAGCUGCUGUGGUGCCUUCUUUGUAAAUGCAUCAAUAUGUUGGACCCAGGAUAGAUCUUCAGAGAUCUUCACACCCUGGUACUUGAAAGUGCUCACCCUUUCCACUGCUGAUGCCUCAAUGAGGACUGGUGGAUGUUUCCCUGACUUUCCCUUCCUGAAGUCUACAUUCAAUUCUUUGGUCUUACUGACAUUGAGUGUGAAGUUGUUGUUGUGCUACCUUCUAGCUCGCCUUCUCAUCACCAUCAGAAAUUCUGCCAACAAUAGUUGUGUCAUCGGCAAAGUUAGCUGUGCCUUGCCACGUAGUCAUGGGUGUAGAGCAGGAGUUCCCAAUCUUUUUUAUGCAAUGGAAUCUUACCAUUAACCGAGGGUUCUGUUGACCCCAGGGUGAAAUUCCUGCUGCGGAGAGAGCAGAGCAGUAAGCACACUUCCUUGCACGCUUCCUUGAGGUGUGCCAGCAUUGACUGUCAGAGAGGAGACAUUAUUUCCAAACUGCACGGACUGUGGUCUCCCAAGGUUCCACUUGCAGAGGGGGAUACAGAGGCCUAGGCUUUGCAGCUUGUUUAUUAGAACUCAGGGUAUGAUUGUGUUGAGCCCUGAGCUAUAAUCAAUAAACAGCAGUCUGAGGUAAUUGUUUCUGUUGCCCAGGUGAUCUGAGACUGAGUGGAGAGCCAAAGCUGUAUUUGCUGCAGAUUUAUUGUGGCUGUAGGCAAACUGGAGUGGGCCCAGGUCCUUGGGCAAGAGUUGAUUCUGGCUUUGACCAACUUCUCAAAGCACUUCACAGUAGAUGUGAGUACAACCGGGUGGUAGUUGUUGAGGCAGCUCACCCUGCUCUUCUUGGGUACUGGUAUGAUUGUCGCCCUUUUGAAGCAAGUGGGAAUUUUCAACCACAGCAGUGAGAGAUUAAAGUUAUCUUUGAACACACCUGCCAGUUGGUUGACACAGGUUUUUAAUGCCGUACU